CAGUGCCCCUCCACGUGGGGCUCAGCUCCAGGUCCGAUCGCGGGGCAAAUGACUUGACUUCGAACCUCCAGUUUUCGGCGUCCGUCCACGGAUUAUUUGCGCACCAUCUUUCUGCUUGUCUUGAGCUUCUUAAAUCUUUACGGAGCCAUAUAAUACCCAAGGGCAACACAUCAGACGAAAAUGGCUUCAGAAUUCCCCACCAAGAAGUGCGGCGUCCUUGGCUGCACCGGCUCCGUAGGGCAGCGAUUCAUUCUCCUCCUCGCGAAGCACCCCUACCUCACGCUCCACGCCAUCGGCGCCUCCUCGCGCUCCGCUGGGAAGAAGUACCGCGACGCCGUGAAAUGGAAGCAGGCCUCCCCCAUCGGCGCCAUUGGCGACAUGAUCGUCCGCGAGUGCAAGUCAUCCGAGUUUGCCGAUUGCGACGUUGUGUUCAGUGGUCUGGAUUCGGACGUCGCUGGUGAGAUUGAAAUGGAGUUUGUCAAGGCCAACAUCCCCAUCUUCUCCAACGCAAAGAACUACCGUCGCGACCCUCUCGUGCCCCUCGUCGUACCGACCGUCAACCUGUCCCACCUCGACCUCAUCCCCCACCAGCGCGAGCACCACAAGCUCCAAAAGGGUUUCCUCGUCUGCAACUCGAACUGCGCCGUCAUCGGGCUCGUUGGGCCCUUUGCCGCCCUGCAGGCCAAGUUUGGCAAGAUCGACAAGGUCAGCAUUGUCACCAUGCAGGCCGUCUCGGGCGCUGGCUACCCCGGCGUGAGCAGCAUGGACAUGAUCGACAACGUCGUGCCGUUCAUCCCGGGCGAGGAGGACAAGCUGGAGAGCGAAGCAAGGAAGAUCCUCGGUGAUCUGAACGCCGACAAGAAUGGCUUCACGGAGCAAUCCACCCUCCGGGUCUCCGCGGCGUGCAACCGCGUGCCUGUCAUGGAUGGACACACUGCUUGCGUAUCACUGUCGUUCGAGAGCAAGCCAGCGCCCACCGCGGAGCAGGUGAAGCAGGCGCUGCGCGACUUCAAGCCGGAGGCUGUCACGCUCGGCUGCCCCUCUGCCCCUGAGCCGGCCAUCACAGUGUUCGACGAGCCGGACAGGCCCCAGCCCAGGCUGGACCGCGACCUAGGCAACGGCUAUAGCGUCAGUGUCGGGCGCGUCAGGGAGGAUGAGGCUGGUAUCUUUGACAUCAAAUUUGUUGCCUUGAGCCAUAACACUGUCAUUGGCGCGGCUGGCUCUUCGAUAUUGAACGCCGAAGCGGCCGUGCUCAAGGGGUAUCUCUAAAAGCGUUGAAUUGGAUAGACUGUUGAAGGGCAAUGGAAGUUAAAAUACAUUAAGAAGCCUUUAAUUAGGUUCUUUGUCAAACCCAUGCGCACAUUUGUCCAUUCUAUUCCAGCAGGGCGCGUAUCGCAUCAAGAAACGUGAUCAGGACA